AUCCUCCCCCUUCAUCUCCUUGGCUAAUGCGGCCAGUUCGCAUGCUUCAUUCAUUUAUACCAAGUUUCUUUCAUAGUUACAGCUCAGCUUCACUUAGUCUAAAAUACAAAAGCCAGUACACAUGUCUUGGAUGUAGAAGGAUUCAAUUUCCAUUUAUUACAAAUCGACUUUAUUCAACAGAGCCAAGCUUACCAAAGAAAAAGAUCUUUCGACCCAUUGAACCAAGUAUAUCCAUUUGUAAAUUAUCACAGCAAGGCCGAUCUGAUGAAGCACUAUCAGCUUAUCUAAAACUUGUUGAUCAAGGCGUGUUUCCAAGCAAUGAAGCGCUUCAUCAAUUAGCGCGAUCACUCUAUGUCACAAAUAACCUGGCUGGUAUGCGUACCUUUUAUGAUACCCUCAUGAAUUUUUACAAAGUUCACGAACCGACAAAUAAAUCAAGACGAUCACUAUCCUAUAUCUAUGUCAUGUUCAUCAACAUGGUUGCUCGUACAACAAAGAGUAUGCAAACAAUAGAGCAACUGUGUCAAGACAUGUCGUGUCAUGUCAAACGAGGAAAUAUAGCACUGUACAACACACUGUUAAAGAUCUUUCUAAAUAACAAUGAUGUACGCAAAGCAGACAGGCUGUAUAGGCAAAUAAAAAGGCACAGCACGCCGACAGCGAUGACCUAUGGCAUAUUAAUGGAUUAUGCAUCCAAGCGGAGAGACCUACGAUCCAUGAUAAAGUACCUGGAUGACAUGGCGGCUUAUUCAAUACCUGUAGAUUAUGCGAUCAUAGAAAUAACAGUCUCUACUUUAUGUCGUGUGAAAGCGUUUGAUUUAGCAGAAGAGAUGGUUAAAGAGUUACAUAGAGGAUGCGAAAAGCUUGUACCUCCUCGGUUUCAGCAACAUUUGCUUUGUAAAAUAGAUAUACGUAAAAAACGACAUUAUAGAAGGAAACAAAGACGUCAACUACACUUGGCUUAUUGUUUCUCAACUUGACAACAUUGUGUGUGUGUGGAUGUGCCUGAAUCUGAAACAGUGUGCGCCACAUAAAAUAACGAUAGACUAUAAUCAGGCAUAUAACGUAUAAAUAUCAAAACAUUUCAUGUUUUCACUUUUUAACUUUAUAAAAAGAGAGAGAGAGAUGGAGUCAAAGGUCUAUGAGAUGAUCCUAUUACUUUUCUUUUCAUGGGCUUCUUUCAAAGCUCUGUGUGUGGCUUAUAUUUUCGUCCAAUGAAAUUUAUU